CAGCACUGUUGUAGGGUAUAGUAAUUUUGAACUGUCACAACACAUGACUGAAAACAAAACCAGAUAAACAAAUCUAUUUUCUUAUAACAUUGAAAUCAAAAUGAAAAAGAAGGUGUUACUGAUGGGAAAGAGUGGAUCAGGGAAGACAAGUAUGAGGUCCAUCAUCUUUGCCAACUACAUCGCCAGGGAUACCAGGAGGCUAGGGGCUACAAUUGAUGUUGAGCAUUCCCAUGUGAGGUUUCUGGGCAACCUUGUGCUCAAUUUGUGGGACUGUGGAGGGCAGGAAGCAUUCAUGGAGAACUACUUUGCCAGUCAGCGUGACAACAUCUUCCGCAAUGUGGAGGUGCUGAUCUACGUGUUUGACGUGGAGUCUCGUGAGCUGGAGAAGGACAUGCACUACUACCAGUCGUGCCUCGAGGCCAUCCUGCAGAACUCACCGCAGGCAAAGGUGUUCUGUCUUGUGCACAAGAUGGACCUCGUUCAGGAUGAUCAGAGGGAACUGAUAAUCCAAGAGCGUGAAGAUGACUUAAAGAGGUUAUCAAAGCCUUUAGAUUGCACCUGUUUUGCUACCUCCAUAUGGGAUGAGACACUCUAUAAGGCCUGGUCAUCCAUUGUCUACCAGCUGAUCCCGAAUGUGAAACAACUGGAGACUACUCUUGCACACUUUACGGAUAUCAUUGACGCAGAUGAAGUGUUGCUAUUUGAAAAGGCAACUUUCCUGGUGAUCUCCCAUUGUGAGAGGAAACCACACAAAGAUGUCCACAGAUUUGAAAAGAUAAGCAACAUAAUCAAACAGUUUAAGCUAAGUUGCAGUAAACUUGCAGCUGCCUUUCAAAGCAUGGAAGUUCGUAAUACCAACUUUGCAGCAUUCAUUGAUGUGUUUACACCAAACACAUACGUCAUGGUCGUUGUAUCUGACCCAGCCAUCCCGUCAGCAGCAACAUUGAUCAACAUCAAGAACGCCCGCAAACACUUUGAAAAGCUGGAGAAGGUUGAUGGCGGUCACCCAGCCCUUACAUCGUAACAACAUGCAAUUGACAUCAAACAACUGUUGGCAAUUUACCGUUACAUCGUUGAAUUGAUUCAGCUAAUAUUGUCUUGUAUGCCUUAGGUUAGCUUUGAAACUUAAACACCACACUUGUGUCAUUUUCAUUGCAUUUAUGAGCUGCACUGUGAGAAACUAGGGUUUAACCCAUUUAUGCCUAUUGGACUCUCCCAUCCUGCAAAAUUGGAUCAAUUUAUUUCCAAAAUUAGGAAUGUCUUUUAUAUUUCUUUCUAUAUUUAGAAUAUUUCUUACAGAAAUUCCUUUAAGCAAACAGCUUAGACCCUGAUGAGACGCUGCAUCACGUGGCGUCUCAUCUGGGUCUACGCUGUUUGCCAAGGCCUUUUUUGUAGAAGCUAGGCAUAAAUGUUUUAAUGCAUAUGCCUUUAGUUUCAUCCUAGGUUGGCCUGUAAAGUCUUCCCAGGCUUAUUGGGAUGACAUCUGCUUCCAUGGAAUGUUUUGCUUCAAGAAAAUCUCUUCUGAGCAAAAAUCCACUUAAGGCGAAAAGUAUUGUCCAUGAUUAGCCUUUGCGGCCUGAACAGAUUUAUCUGGGAUAACCCUGUGCUUAUGUAACAGAUUUAUCUGGGAUAACCCUGUGCUUAUGUAACAGAUUUAUCUGGGAUAACCCUGUGCUUAUGUAACAGAUUUAUCUGGGAUAACCCCGUGCUUAUGUAACAGAUUUAUCUGGGAUAACCCUGUGCUUAUGUAACAGAUUUAUCUGGGAUAACCCUGUGCUUAUGUAACAUAUUUAUCUGGGAUAACCCUGUGCUUAUGUAACAGAUUUAUCUGGGAUAACCCUGUGCUUAUGUAAUAAGCAUCGUUUUCAGAGAGGGCAUCUUAUAUAUUCAAUUCAAUAUGGUUUAAUAGAUGACUGAGUAGCUUAGACCCCUAAUGUAGGACUGUGACAACUUUGACAGUUGAUUUUGUCUCCCCUAUAAUAAUUAAAUAGGGUAUCAAUACAGUUUAUUUUUACUGGUAAUGAAGGAAACCAGUCAAGAGUGAGUGGUCAGAUGUAUGGGUCUAAGUUUAAUACAUAUGUUGACUACGAAUAUUGUGUUGUGUGUUUGUGUCUGUUUUUCAUACAGCUCAAUAGUAGUCUAAUGUGUGUUUUUUUUAACAACAUCAGUGCAUAUUUUUGUGACUUUGUAUUGAUACAGGAUUUUAAAAUAUUUUAACUGAUAAAAUCAAAGAGGUGUUAAAUGAUUGUCUUUUAUGUUGACAUAAGUUAGUGAUUUGAAUAUUUUAGAUAAAAUAUUCAGUCUGUGGUGAUAUUUUCUCAAAUAGCAUUGAAACAUUGGUCAUCUACAGGUAUGCAUUUAGAUUUUAAAGAGUUAUUCUGUAUUUUAUGAGCUCUUACAUUUGUACAUCAGAUAAGCACACAUAUGUCAGCUUAUAUUUUUAAAUAAUGUUAAACUCAAGAUACAUGCAACAUCCAUGUUUGACACCAAUAUAUACCUGUAUACUGUGAAACCAAUAAUAUUUAUUGGACACUUAAUUUGUGUGGAUUUCUGUCGGUCACUCAGCCACUAAAUCAAAUGCAGGCAGCCCACAAUAUUCAAUAUAUAUUGUCACCUUAACAGUGUAUAAUUAUCAUCAUUUGCUAUUUCAAUAUUAAUAGACUUUUAAUAGACUUUUAAUAGACUUUUAUUGUAACAUUUUCCAACUUGAUGCGUCACAGAGGAUUUGUUUUUCUUUCUCAGCCAACCAUGAUAACCAGCCCGAUUGCAUAAAGCACUUUUGAAUAUUGCCCUUGAAUAAUAAAAAGAAGCCCAAUAUACUUUGUCUGUAAUACAACUCCCACUGUUAGAAUUGGAGUGUCAUGAAACUUGGCGGCAAUAAUUAUGGGCAUAUAUAUUAUUUAUCCCAUUUUCACCGCGACAUUGACGGUAUAACACGUUGUGGAAUAUACUUGCUUGUAUUCAACACUGUGGAAUAUACCUGUCGCGUGCACGGACUACUUUUUAAAUGACGUCAUGCGAUAUGCGCUAAAAUUAGGUCGAAAUUGUUUGGUUCAUUGAUCGAAUUUUAAGGUCACCCAUGAAAAGAAAAUGUGCAUAUUUUGCAGAAAAAAAUAUAUAUGAUAUAUUCACCAAAAGAAAUGUUGAAAUAAAAAAUCAAAUUACAC